CGCAUGCGCCGGCAACCGCGAGCCUCGCCGUCGUUACAGAAAUCCGGCAGCGAUCUUAAAAAUCCACCGUGCCAAAACUUCAAUUCAUCCAUAGUACGAGCCCGGCAGGUGGAGAGCCAACCCAAACUACCAAUCCCUGCUUUCAAUUCGCGAGCCGCAAGCUCCCAGCGCGGCCUCGCCGUCGCCGCCGCCGAGCACGAUGUUGGAUGAGGACUGCACAGAAGCCUUCCGCAAGAUCUUCUCGCCCUCCUGCCGGCCCCCGCCGCUCCCGAGCCCCGACACCGCUCCCGCCCCCUGGGUGCUCAUCGAGCCGCUGGCGUACGUCGCUGACCAGACGAACGCCACCACCGCGGAGGCGUCCACGAGCACCGGCCUCACGCUCCGGGUCACCGUCUGCCUCACCGACCCGCUGGGCGUCUCCUACGUGUGCGUCCACUGCCCCGACCUCAACGACACCGACUACGCCAGCAGGCCCAGCGUCGUCUGCUCGGAGAAGGACUUCCUCCUCCUCUCGGUCCUCUUCCUACACGCUCCCCAAGGACGUGAGUACUUCGUCUACAAGGCCGGCCCCGGGCGGCCGUCGCUCCGGCUGAUCCCAGGUCCCUAUCCGCUCGUCCUCACUGCCUCGGAUUUCGGCCUCCUACCUCGAGACGACGGCGACCAUUUCGUCCUGGCCGCCCUCUGCUAUUCACUGACCCCUUGGGUCUAUGAUCUCCAUGUCUUCUCGUCCAGGACCUGGGCUUGGAGCACUAAGCUGACGCAGACGGAGAUAUCGUCGGAUGUCCGAACGGGGGUGUCGAUUAUCAUAGCAUCCAAGGUGAUUCAGCUUGGGGGUGGCACGCUUGGAUGGGUUGAUCUCUGGAGGGGGAUAGCCUUCUGCAACGUGCUCGAUGAAAUUCCUGUUCUGAGGUUCAUCACAUUGCCUAUGCUGAUGCCUGGCAACAAGGACGGCGUGAAACCUGCCCCGUGGCCACUCCGGAAUGUUGCCUACAGCAAUGGGUUGAUCAAGUUUAUCGAGGUAGAAAAACAUGAAAGACCAGAUGUUGACGAAACAUCGUAUGAUGACAUGGAUACACUCUGCGAGUCAGACUGCUUGACCAAGCCCAAAGAAAUUGGUUGGAGGGCCAUGACAUGGUACACAACGACUUCUUGGGACCAUUGGCGCAAGGGGUGCGUGGCUUAUGAUGAGGAAAUCUCGGUUGACUACCCAAGAUUGUCUAAGAUGUUGCCUCAUGUGAGGGACAAUGUUACCAAGGAGUUGACACUGAAGGACCUGCUAGCAUCUUACCCUGUCCUGAGCUUGACCUGUCAUUGUGAUGAUAUUGUAUACAUGUUGUGUAAACUAAAAUCUUGCAGCCCAAAGUCAUGGUUGAUCACUGUUGACCUGAAAGAGAAGGUAUUGGUCGAUUUGGCACCAUUUUCUCUGGAAGGAUAUUUCAGCUCAGCGCACCCUUCUGAAUUGUCCAGUUAUCUGAAGACAGCUCUAGCAACAGAAGGUACUUGAGGGCCCUGAGAAGGAGCUGGUGACCAAAACAUGUGUGCUGCUCCAGCGGCCAUCAUCGUCAUCUCAAAAUACAACCCAAGCCUUCCUUAAACGCAAGCAUGGAUGGUUUUUAUGGCUGCUCAAGCUUCUGUUCCAUGUCCUCUCUCCUCUGCAAUAUUGAUGUUCCCAUUUUGUUCAUUAGGCCAUUAUGUGUUCUGCUGCUACCGAUGAGUGCCUAUCGUUUCAAUAUAAUUAGCUAGCUCCUAAGAAGUAUGCUGUUUUGGUCAACUGGUUGGCUCAAUCUGUGUAGUGUAGACCAGGUCUGUUUGGUUUGCUUUCCUUGGAGGUUGGAAACGAAAAAACUUACAGUAGCAUUGUUCUAAAAUAUAGUGGGAAGAG